CGACAAGCUUGUGCAUGGGUUCUGCUGCUCUGCGCACCGACCCACUUCGCCAGCCCAGCCUCUGGUGCCAGAGAAAAGGCCCCAUUGUUGAUUUAAUCUCAUCUUAUAAAAGUUCUUCAAAGAGUCAUUGAGUCCAUUAAAGGAGGCAAGUGUCACAGAAAUCUUCCCACGUGAGUAAGGGACAGUAUUCAGAGUCACGACUCCGGGUUGCCCCUGCCCCCACCCCCACCGAGAGCUAUUGGACCUCUUCCCCCCACAACCCCCACAGCCCCAUCAGGACACCCAGAUAGGGCUGGAGCAAGGACCUGGGCCUCCUCAUCUCCCUGCUCUGUGAGUGUUACUCUGUGUCCUAAGGGAAGAGCUGACACCGCACCUCCCUGUUCCCAGGAAGUCUACCGUCUGGACCGCCCUUCCUCACCCCGCGCCGUGGGCCACCCCUGCCACUUGGACCAAAGGCAGAGUUCUGUCUCUCUGUAUGUGGUCAGCGUGGACGGUAAGAGAGCUGGACAGGAGGCCCGGGGGAAGCCUGCGGCUGACGACUGACUGCACUGGGCGAGCCUUGUCCUUAUCCCAGCAUAAGUGGGGGCCCUGCGAGCGGAAGCUGGGGGUGAUAGGCAGCUUCUCCCCCAAAGGGGGCUCCCCAAGAAGUGCCUGUGAGUUCUGACACCCUCCCCCAGUCUUUUAGACAGUUGAAAUCCUACCUCCAGGGGCACGUCAGGGCCAGAGAACUUCUGCUGUCACCACGCACUAGGAGCGACUCUCUCCCCAGCCCUGCAGGUUGAGGACAAUCCCUGUCCCUUUCCAGGGAGUGGCUUCCGGAGCCUGCCCAGGCCAGGCCGUGAACUACUGCACCUGCUCGGCCCGCCUCUCAGGGACCCCAGGCUCCCCAGCCAGGAUGCAGGAAAAUUGAGGGGAACACCUCUGAGCACCCCUUCAUUGCCGAGCCUCAACUCCACACACCUCGGAAAUAUGUCACCCCCAGAGCCUGGCAUCCGAAACCCUACCAUCUGCCUCCAAACCAAUGAUACCCUGGCCUUCCUGGUGACCCAUGAGCAUUAUCCCGACUAUGACCUGGGCCACUUCUAUAACACACCUGGGGCAUUUGACUGGGGGCGCUUCCGGGCCCUGGCUGAGGAGUCCCAGCUCCAAGAUCAAAGCCCGCACCUCUUCCUGCAGCAGUUUCAGCAGCCUGGCGUCUAUGUCUUUCAUCUGAACAGCAAUCGGCAUCGGAAGAUGUAUGUUCGCACGCUCCCGCCAGGGGGCCAGUGUUUUGGGGAAGGGCCCUUUGUCCCCACGACUCCGGGGUAUCUCAUCCAAACUGGCAUCGCCAAGAUCCCCAAGCCCCUGAAGAGGUCUGACUGGCCAGGAGUCCUGGGGGAGAUGGUUCUGCUCCUGGGGCUCUGCCUGCUUCUGUUGAUUCAGUGUCACAGCCUGAGCUGGGCCCGGAAGGCGGCUCCCCAACCCACCUUCAGGAAGCAUCAGCAGGGCUACAACCUGGACGCCUACGCCUCCCCAAGCACUCAGAUAACAUCCAUUAGGAGAGGCCGACCACACCAAGACUCAGACACCCCCAGGGUUAAGGGAGGUCAUGGGGGGAGCUGGGAGGCUGACGAGCAGGUGGACCUGGAGGGCUUUGACACAGAAACCUUCUUUGGGAUUCUGCUCAAGCAGUCUCUGUCGGUGACAACCAAACUCGGCCAGACCAAGGAGGAGCUCAAAGUCCUCUGCCUCAAACUUGCGAACGAAGCCCAGGCCCUCCAGCAGCUGUGGGGAGCUGAGCGUCGCAUCCCAGCCUCCAACGGCCAGCUUCUGGAGAGCCCCCAGGGGGAGCGGCGACAGGCUGCGGAGGCAGCUGCCAGGGCGGCGGAGGACGAGGCCAGGCGGAGGGGGCACCUGGCAGGCCGGUACGCAGCAAGCCUUGGUCACCAGCUGACGCUCCUUCGCCAAGACCUCCGUGCAAGGCAGGAGCAGUGGGGCUCCUUCUACUCAGCGCUUGCGGCAGCUCAGCGGCUGCUGCAGGCACAUUGGGGCUCCCAGCCGCAGCUCCCCCAGACUAUGCAGAAGCCAGAAGGGCCAUCGUACCCCUGCAGAGAAGUCCCUCAGCUGGAUGCUGUGCUGGACCGCUUGUCCCAGGCUGUGCUGCAGGAGGGCCACCGCCUGAAGGCCUGGGGCGUCCUGGGCUCUGGCACUGGGGCCAAGCUGCUGCAGCCAGCCUCAACAAGCCCUUCAGGGGGCCUUGAAGAUGUCCGUGUGAAUCCUGUCACCAAGUUGGUGGUGCCUGGCCCCAACUGUGCGAUGCUGCCAGCCAGCGGCUGCACCGGGCCCGUACCUCCGGGCUACUUCAUCCACCCUGACACUGGGCGGGUGCUGCCUGAGGCUGGAAAUCUGGGCUAUGAUCUGCAGGAAGCUACCCUGGUGCCUACCACUGACUCCAGUUCUGGUGACGUCCGAACAUCAGAAGCUGCCAUCCUCCCCUAUGUGCCCUUCCCAACCUGUCCUGCCACGGGCUCCCCUCCGGCCACCUGCCUGCCUGUCCUGCAGCCAAGAAGGACGUCACAGCUGGGGGCUCUCAUGACAGACCCCAUCACUGGCCUGGAGGUGCCCGUGCUGGCUGUGACUCUGCACCCACACACGAGGCAGUGGCUCACCCUCGGGGGGACGUACCGCAACCCCCUCACCCAGACCGUGACCCCUCUAGAGCUGGGGGGCCCCCUGGAGGAUCCAGUCACAGGAAACAUCUCGCCAAUCCUGGGAGUCGGGCUGGAUGAAAAUACAGGUCAGGUGCUGGCCCUGGGAGGGCUGCAAGAUGCCUCGGGGAACCUCAUGCUACCUGGGGACAACUUUGUGGAGCCGCUGAGCGGAAACACUGUCCGGCUCCAGGGAGUUUCCCAACAGGAGGGCCGGACGGUGCCCCAUGCGGGCGGCACACAGGCCCUGCUGGAUGCCAAUGUGCUGGUGGCCCAGAAGCAUGUGAUUGCAGUACUCCGCAGGUCCCAGGAGAGGCCAAGGUUGAGGAGACAGGGGCUUCUGGAGGCUGCAAUCAAGGACAUGAGACAGGCACUGACCUUGAGUCUGCACCACGCCCUGCAGCAGGCUCGGAGGCUGCAGAGACAGCAGGAGGCAGCAGAGAGCAUCCAGGCUGGCAGCAGCAGGAUAGGAAUGAUGUGCUACCCGGGGACAGCGCUACAGGUCCCCGUCCUGUAUGGGAUGGAGAUCCCAGACCCUGAGGGCUCAGGACUCAUGGUGCCCGUGCUGGGCAUGGCGAGUGAUGGGAACUCUGGUGACACCAUCCCUCUGGCAGGUUCAAUGGAAGAUGCCAGCGGCAAAGGUCUCGUCCCAAUUGCAAUUGGGGCUCAAGCCAUAGAUGCCUUGACUGGUGAGCCUGGUCCGGUCAUCGGUGCUCAGAUGGAUCCCUCUGCCAGGGUGGUGGUGCCCGUUGUCCAGGUGCUGGAGGCCUUACCCCGGGAAGUGAGAGACCCUGGUCUGCUGGACACCCUGGAGAAGGAGCUGAAGGCCCGGGAGCAGUACUGGUGCCACCAGGAAUAUGAAGAGGCGUGGUUGGUGGAACAUCUGGUGGCCCUGAGCCAGGAGCUGUUGUCCACAACAGGCAAAGCUUCCAAGCAGCAGCUCAGAGCUGCACAGGAGGCCUGCGAGGCCCUGGAGUCCUGCUGCCUGCGGGAGAUGCAGAGGAGAGCCGGAGCCCUAAGCAGCCUGAGCAGCCCAGAGCGUGGCCUGCUCUCUCAAGCAGACAGAGAUGAGUGGGAACAGGAGGCGCAGGUGAUGCUGGGCAUGCAGAAGGUCCUGCAGAGUCUAGGGCAGGUGGCAGAAAAACUCAGGCACGCAGCUGGCUGGCUGUGGGGCCAGGAGGAGGAGAUGCGGCUACAAUGGAGCAGGAAUCAGAGCCCACAGGUCUGGAGCCGUGCCAGGAAGAUGGUUCAGCAUCUCUCCGAGGAGUUUCAGGAAGUGGUGAGGGAGAGACAGAGCUUCCUGGACAGGGCCCUGGGUCAGCUGCAGUACCAACGGGAGCUCAGCCGUCUCCAACUCCUGCAUACCCAGAUCGUGGCCUCAGGAACACCUGUGUGUUUGGAGAAUUACCCUGGAGGCAGGUUUUACGGAACAAUCAGCAUGCCUCCCAGGGACCAGGCUGCAGCCUGCCCACUGUUGAUUCCCUUCCUGAGGAGCCUCACUGCAGCAUUAGUGGGAGCUCAAGGCCAUGGCCUAGGAUUGGAGGAUGGGGGCCCAGGAACAGCCCCCAAAAGCUCUUGGCAGGACCUCCCAAAACCUGAGAUAAUGCAGAGGGAAGAACUAAUCACUGUGCAGCCCACAGACCUAUCUGCCAGGGAGUUUGUGGUUUACCAGUACGGCCUCUCCAUCCUGCACCUCCUCGCCCCUCAGCUUCAUGCUCCAGAAAUCACCCUGCAGAUUGCUUCUCAUCUUCCUGCUGUGGAAGCCUCAGACAAUCCCUUCCAAGGUUCCUUCUUCUAUCAGCGUGCUGAGAACACGCUGUUUGUUGCGAGAGAGUGUUUGGCAUCAGUGGGAAGCUUCGUUCUGCUGUUGAUCCACUGCCUGGCCCACAUCGCAGCCAAGGACCUCCACCAGGACUCCAGCCCUGCCUUUCUGAGGUCAUUUUACAAGGGGUUGAAGGCCUAUUUCAGGGAGGCCUUCGCCAUCACUCUGCGCAUGUCAGCAGUUUCCUGGGACAGUAAACUUGACCAAAGCAUCAGUGCUGUUCUGCUGGAAGAGCAGCCCAUCUCUGAAAGAGGAAGAGAUCUUCUCUCUAAACUCAUUGAAAGGAAGCAUGAGUCUCACUUGAUGCCAGAGUCAUCAGAGGAGUAUAUUAAGAAAAACAAAGACCUUCUACUUUUUACCAACAUGGACCAUUUCCUGAAAAGCAUCCUCGCUGCAGAGCAACAAAUUCCAAGAAAACCAAGAGAUCAGCUUGGGGGUGAAGAUAAGGUGAGAUGCCUGUAUGGUCUACUGCAUGAAGAUUGGAUGUUGCUCUAUAACUUGGAAAUUUUUAUUGUGUCUUUGGGGCCACAUGUAUAGUUUAACAUGUCAGCAGAACAAAGGAUUGGAAAUUCAUGGUGGUAUAAACAGGUUACAUCAUCAGUCACUUAUUUAAAAGCUUUACCAAAAGAUGGUAGAUCUUAGAAUUUAGUAUUAAUCCUACUGCCUUCAGGCAGGUCAGAUAUUAAUCUUAGAAAGCAGGACCUGAGACUCAAGCGUGCCCCUAUUCACCAGCUGGAAGAAGACAAACAGUAACUAGAACGUGGGUUCACCGAACACCAACAAAUAUGUUGGUUCCAAAUGACCGGCACUCAUGUUUUGUAACGUAUAAUUAGCAAAGAGAAAACUCUAAGCAUCUUUAGUGUUCUGAUGCAGAGCAGUGACCUAAGCAUGUUGAGAUCAAGAUCAGAAACUAGCAUCCUGGAGAAGUAACUGAGCACCAACUCCAGCCCUGGACCCCAGUCCACUUUAUUUAAAGUUAUCGCCAAAAUCAUAAAAUACGAAUUACUUUCAUUGCUCAGAUUUGUGAGAUGUAUCCAUAUUGUUGCAGGUAGUUGUAGUUUGUUGAUUCUCUUUGUUGUAAAAUACUCCAUUGUGCAGAUACCUCACAGUUCAUUCAUUCUUCCUAUACUGAUAGGCAUGUGGGCAUUUUCCAGCUUGGAGUUAUUACAAAUAGUCCUGUGCACCUAGCCAGGUAUUUACUUAGGACUGGAACUUCUGGGUCUGAAAGUAUGGAUACGCUCAACCUUAGUAUCUGCUAUCAACCAGAGUUCCAAAGUGAUCAUAUAAUAUAUACUGCCACCAGCAGUGCCAAUGUUUAAUUGCCUAAUUUUAAUGUGUAGGAAUUCUUUAUUCUGAGAUUAUUUUUCCUCAUUCUGUGGCUUUUUGGUUUUUGUUUUUUGCUUUU